AUGGUCAACCUAUCCCUCAUCUCCCUCCUCGCGGCCGCAGCGCCCGACGACGGAAACGGACUCAGUGCCGCGGGUGUGCAGCGCGCACAAUGUCUGCGAAAUGUGUUCGGAUCGAGCUCCGAGUAUAACAUUGGAUAUAUUAUGGCUCAGACGCCUAAGAGUGAUGGAAAACGUCAACGACCCCUCGACACCGUCCAGCCGCUUGCUACGGACCUCGGCCUGACGGUUGAUACAUCCUGCGACCGGGAUGAUCCGGAUUGCGUGAAGGAUGUGGUUGAUGGGUAUAGUGGAAGUGGCAAUAUUUUGAUUUGCUGGGAGCAUGAUGCUUUGACGGAUAUUGUUAAGGAACUGGGUGAUAAGGAUGCGCCGGAUUAUCCUGAUGAUAGCUUCAACAUUAUCUGGACCGACCCUUCACCUUAUGAUUCCAUUACCGCCCAGACAAGCGAAAACUGCCCUGGUCUGGAUAGCUAA